AUGGUCGCAACUACAACAGAACAGCUUUUGGAACUUCAAGGCACUACAGUAGUUGUCCACCCACUUGUCCUACUAUCCGUGGCUGAUCACCAUGCUCGAUCUGCCGCGAAAAGUUCGUCGAAACGAGUCGUCGGGGUGCUACUAGGACAAGACAACGGCAAGACAGUGAACGUGGCGAACUCAUUUGCGGUGCCCUUCGAGGAAGACGAGAAGGACAGUAAGACUUGGUUCCUUGACCAUAACUACAUUGAGACCGUAUGGGAGAUGUUCAAAAAGGUUAAUGCUCGUGAACGGAUGAUUGGGUGGUACCAUUCUGGUCCGAAAUUGCGGGCUUCGGACUUGGAGAUAAACGAAUUAUUCAAGCGCUUCAUUCCUCGCCCGGUCAUGGUUAUUGUGGAUGUCCGACCACAGACCGUUGGCAUACCCACUGAUGCCUACUUUGCAGUGGAAGAAAUUAAAGAUGAUGGUACAGAGACCCGAAAAACUUUCUUACACGUUCCGUCCGCAAUCGAAGCGGAGGAGGCAGAAGAGAUUGGCGUAGAACAUCUCCUUCGCGACAUCAAAGACUCGACAACAACAACGCUUGCAACCCGAGUGAGCGAGCAAUUAGCGUCCCUCAGAGGGUUACAGUCUCGUCUCUCAGAAGUGCAGAGCUAUCUUGUGGACGUCGCUUCUGGGAAAAUGCCUAUCAAUCAUCAGAUAAUAUACCAUUUACAAGAUACCUUCAAUCUCUUACCAGAUCUCGAGGAUCCAUCCCUUACACAGAGCUUUACGGCAAACACCAAUGACCAACUACUGGUCGUAUAUCUUAGCAGUUUGUUGCGGGCGGUAAUUGCUCUGCACGCAUUGGUGGACAAUAAGGAGGCGAAUGGAAGGGCAGAGCUGGAGGAAGGAAAGGGAGAGGACAAGACGAAGAAGACCGACAAAGACGAUGUAAAGAAGGGUGAACAAGAUGGUGACGUGAAAUCCGGCAAGGAUGAUUCUAGUAGAGACGCAAAAGACUCUGAAAAGCCGAAGUAGCUUAAUCCAAUGUACAUAUUUCAUUGCUUCUGGAUUUUAU